AGUCGCAGGUACCAAUAGCAACGCUUAAACCAGCGUCAGUUCGUUAGUCUGUGCGUCAGUUGAACUUUCACAAUUGUGAGGUACACGUCUGGAUUUUCACGCAAAUUGUUACGCAGAGAAAAUUGAGUGAUCAACAAUGGCGCGUACAAAGCAAACAGCACGUAAAUCAACGGGAGGAAAAGCGCCCCGUAAACAGCUCGCCACAAAGGCAGCGAGGAAGUCGGCCCCGUCCACCGGUGGUGUCAAGAAGCCCCAUCGUUAUCGUCCUGGUACCGUCGCCCUCAGAGAAAUUAGGAGAUACCAAAAGUCUACCGAAUUGUUGAUCAGGAAGUUGCCAUUCCAACGUUUGGUGAGAGAAAUCGCCCAGGAUUUCAAAACUGAUUUGCGUUUCCAGUCUGCUGCCAUUGGAGCCCUUCAGGAAGCCAGUGAGGCCUACCUUGUCGGUCUGUUUGAAGAUACAAACUUGUGCGCCAUCCACGCCAAGCGUGUGACAAUUAUGCCGAAAGACAUUCAGCUUGCCCGAAGAAUUCGUGGAGAGCGUGCUUAAGUUUCUUAUAUUUAUAUACACAUUUAUACACCCAUUGUAGUUUACAUUGUCGAGUUUCAUGAAUUUUUUUCAUUAAUAGUUGUAGUACUAUUUUAUUUUAUACAAUUGUGGUUUAAUGUCUUGUCCAUUGCACAUCAUUAAAUUUUUGAUUUAAUUUCUGUUCUUUAAUUGCUAGUAGAAUAAUAUUACAGUUACAGUGUAAUAAUGAAUGUGUUCAAAACUUUUUGACUUAGUUGAAAUUUAUUUUUUGUUCUACAGGAAAGGAUUUAGUGUAGGUUUGUCUUUAAGUUAGUAUUUAAGUUUUGUACAUCAACAGACAAUGAUGACUCUCAGUUUGACUCUGGUUGAAAUAACAUCUGAUAUAUGGAUCAGGUUUGUGGAUGCCCAGUUACCAUCGGUCAGUAAAAUUGCCAUUGUAAAACUGUGAGUUCAUUGCCAUUUUUUAGAUAAAGUAGCGUAAUUUCGAAAAUGGCAACAUAUAAUAAAAUUUAUUAGUACAAA